GACCUGAAGGUAACAGCAGGAUAAUUAAAUCCGCUCUGUUCUUCUGCGAAAAUGAUGUCCUUGCAACUUAUGACAAACAUGCUCCAUAUACUCUAUUUCUUGUUGAUUUCUGGCGUUUUGGCGAUGACAUCAUACGAAUCUUGCUACCGCACAAAGCUAGGACGGGGAUACCACGGGAAGAUAAACGUCACCAUUUCAGGAAGAACGUGCCAGAAAUGGGGAUUACACACCCCUCAUCACCAUAACUUUACGUGGCUGUGGACAGAGGAAAAUUAUUGUAGGAACCCAAAUGAUAAAGAAACCGGACCUUGGUGUUUUACGACGGAUCCAAACACAGUACUAGAAAGCUGUGGGAUAGCUCAAUGUACCUCAGAGUUUGAUGUUUGUUUGACUAAACCUUGUCAAAACGGAAAAUGUAUGAGCAAUGGAGUCACACAAAGGCCAUACUACAAGUGCAUUUGUCUUCCAAUGUGGACUGGGAAUAACUGUGAAACAAGAGUUCCCCAAUGUCAAUUUAAACCAUGCAAAAACGGAGGGAGAUGUAUGGAAAUAAAGGACGACUUCAUGUGUCAUUGUCCUCCAAAAUACGCUGGCAAAACGUGUGAAAUAAAGACAGAUCGAUGUGAAGAUGGAUGGAGGCAUAUCGGGGAUUUCUGUUACACAGUUUCGGACAGUUUUAUGACGUGGGAAAAUGCAAAAGCUUGGUGUUACAACCGGUUGGCUACACUUCCAUUUAUUGACAGUCCUCAGAUGCAAUAUUCUAUGAGUCGUCUAGCCACUGAGGAAAAAACAGAUUUGUGGAUGAGCAUCAAGUAUCUCAAUGGGAACUGGGUAUAUACCAAUUACUCAGCUUUUCAAGUUCCAGUAAAAACAUUCUACUGGCACCGACUGUAUAAGAAUGCAAGAUUUAAAAAUGAUUCGUGCAUACUACUAAAGCAGGCAGAUAAUAGAACAGCGUCUGUACAAGAUAAUUGGAUACCAUUAAGUUGUGAAAUGGAAAAGAAAUUUGCGUGCCGAAAACGACAAGGUACGUGUUCUGGAGGUUGGUUCUACCAUCAAAACAUAUGUUAUAAAGUUUUAGAUGACUUGCAAACAUCAUUGUGGAACGCCAGAGACCAGUGUAGGAAAAUAGACUCAAAUUUAUUAGAGAUUCACAGUGGGACAGAUGAAUCUUUUCUACAAGACUUCCUGCAACUUCAAAGAACUGGCAUUGGAAAUGACGGGAAAUUCUGGCUUAAUCUGCGAAGAGACGAUGAUUCGACAGAGAAGUACUGGAGAUGGGACUCCUCUGAAACUAGAAGGGUCUCGUACAGAAAAUUUGCAAAUGCCAGCAAUUCAGGAGAAUGUGGCUAUAUGGAUAUAGAUAGAAAAGGGACGUGGCAUUCCGAUGCGUUUUGUUCUGAGUCAUUUAGCGUCGUCUGUACCUAUGAAGUUGGAACAUUGAACUGGGUAAAAUACAUGAAGAGGAAUAUUCGCUUAGAUUAUAAUCGUGGAUCGUCUGAAUGUGGAAAAGGAUGGGUAGAUGACAAGGAGUCGUCUUGCUUCUUUUUCAUCGGCGAACUUCUAACAUGGCAGUCGGCUGAAGACAAAUGUCAACAAAUGGGUGCCCAUCUCAUCAGUAUUGACGACGCAAAUGAACAAAAAUUUAUUACUGGUUUAAUAAAGCCCAAAGGUGUAUGGGGAUCUGUAUGGAUUGGUGCAAAUUCUCGCACAGAGGGAAGGGGAUUUCAGUGGACGGACGGUGGUGCGUUUGUCUAUUACAACUGGUUCCCAGGUGAUCCUGAAAGUCAGCUUGAGGGCGAUGAAGAAUGUGUAGCUAUGUUCGUUUCCAACUCUUUAUGGACAGACAACUCGUGUCAACAGCUACAUUCUGCCGUGUGUGAGAAACUGAGGCCGUCCCAAGCAAGGAAUAGAAUAUCUAAGAAAACUGGCAACAUGGAAGGACCAGUUAGCGGAACCUGUGCUGAUGGCUGGAUACCUUAUCGUGAGGGUUGUUUUCUUAUACAACAAAGGAGGACUACAUGGGAUGAGGCCAGUGCUCUUUGCCGCCAACAAAACGCCAAUCUUGCUUCUAUUGCUGACCAGGAUGAACUGUUCUUGGUGUUCAGCCAACUUCCACCAGGUAUUUCAGUGAAACAGUAUGGUUACUGGAUUGGUCUCAGGGACAGGAGACAACAAACAUUUCGCUGGGAAGAUAAUAGUGAUGUCACCUACACAGCAUGGCAGACAAAUGAUCCACAAGGUUUCACGAUGUACAAAGAAGGAUGUACUUUUAUGAAUUUACACAAUGGACUGUGGGGAGACAGACACUGCGAUUCACUGAUGCCCGGAUAUGUGUGCAGAUCUUCAAAACUACAGAACAAAACAAACACAGUGUCACCUAUUUCAGUUGCAUGUGAAAAGGGCACUUUCGGGUUCAACAGUUUCUGUUAUCGUAUCUUUGAGAUUAAGAAGACGUGGAAGGAAUCAGAAUUAAUGUGUCAGUCACUUGGAGGUCACUUGGCGACAAUCUCUUCAUUGCGACUACUAUAUUUCUUGACGAGUCAGAUUGGACUAAUUAACCCCAAGGUUUGGAUCGGAUACACCGUUAUCGCUAAUAAAAGCUCAUGGGCAAGUGGUAAAACAGCCGUGAUGACACAUUCACUUCUUGAUUUUGGUGGUAAUCUUACCGAAAAGUGUGGAUUCGUGGACAAAUCAAAGGGAUCGCGGUUUUUAAUGGCUUUAGGAGAUUGUGACAAAAAACAAAACUUUAUAUGCGAAGAACACCGUGAUGGGUACAAAACACUACCUCCUAGCAUGACCUCUGUUCCUUUGACAAUUUCUUUGGAAACGUGUCCAUCAAGCUGGCAUAAAUAUGGAAAUCGCUGUUUCAGGGAGUUUUUAGAUAAACUAUCGUGGACUGCAGCAAGAAGAAAAUGUAGAAAUAUUGGUGCUCGGCUUAUCACUAUCGAUAAUGGGACCACCUUCUCCUUCGUGUACCAAGCAUUUAAUCGGGUUAUUGGUGCCAAUUGGUGGAUAGGCUUAAACAACAGGGCCAGGGCGCAUAGCAAGACUUGCCUACGUAGCUGGAAUUAUUGUAUGGUUUGGUCUGAUAAUGACGACAGUCCAUCGUUUCGCCGGUGGGGAAGUGGUGAACCCAAUGUUGUGUAUGGAACAGCAAGCUGUGUUAUGAUGUCGAAAUCCGAUGGAAAGUUCAAAGACUAUCCUUGCUUCCUUCUCAGCCCAUUCAUAUGCGAAGCAAGAUUAGGGUCGCCGUUACUUGAAAACAAGAUGCCCUCUACUCUUAAGCAUGAGAAUUGUAAAGAGACGGGAUAUGAUCUUUACAAGAAUUUUUGCUAUUUAUUCAACAAUACGGAAACAUCGUAUGCUAAUGCAGAUAGAUAUUGUAAGGAUCAAGGAGCGGAACUAGCAAGCAUUCAUAAUCUCGAGGAGUCAAAAUUUAUUCUUUCACUUCAAACGAAUAACGGCACAGACAGAGAUUACUGGAUUGGUAUGAAAAGAGUUACAUAUCGUGGAAUAGAAAGAUAUGAAUGGGCUGAUAAAUCUCCUGUUGAUUUUGUGUCAUGGAAGACCUUCGACCUAAUCGAUAGUCCAUUUAAUAAAGACUGUGUUGCUGUGGUUGGAAAUAGAGGGUUUUGGGAUUUAUAUCACUGCUCUGAGGAAAAAGGAUUCUUUUGCAAGAAACGAAAUAUAGCAAGACAUUUAAAGAACCCUCUAAUGAACGAUUCGUUCACAAUAAUUGAUGGUGGUUGUCCAUCAAACUAUACUGCAUCAUCUUUCAACAAUAAAUGUUAUCUCUACAUCACAAAAGCUGUUGCCUGGACAGUGGCUAACCGGACCUGUCACUCACUAGGAGGUUCCUUGUUAACUAUCGGAAAUCAACUCGAACAAGAUUUCAUUGUUAGUUUGAUGGAUGCGGCUAGCGAUGAUGUAUGGACUGGUCUACGCACAAAUAGAAGGCAACAAUUUAUGUACAAUGAUGGAGAACCGAUUAAAUACUCGAACUGGGCGAAGGACCAACCUCUCUUUACUUCCGUAUUUAAGCCGACUCGUUGCGCCACGAUGAAUCACAAAAACGAUAACUGUGGAAUUGGCAGGUGGCGUUCUUUUGAUUGUGACGUCCAGAAACCUUUCAUAUGUGAAAAAACUAAAGAUCCAUCAAUAGCAAACAAAGAAAUAUCCUUAGUUUGUCCAGCUGGUUAUGAAGAAUACAAAAGAAGAUGUUUUAAGUUUGGAGAAAGUCCCACAGACCAUGACACAGCACAAAGUACAUGUGAACAAAAUAAAGGAAAUCUGGCGUCAAUCACCAGUGUGUAUGAGUAUGGCAUUUCAAGAGGGAUCGCUGCAAAAUAUAACCUUACGACGUACUGGAUAGGACUCCGCAGAACAAACACUACAGUCAUGUACAGAUGGGACGAUGGGAUACCCUAUCAAUUUAGUCACUGGAAAGAGUUUGAACCGUCACAGGCACCUGGUGAGGAGUGUGUCGUAUCUGAUCAUGGCAACUGGAUGGAUGUGCCAUGCACGGGAAAUUAUUCUUACCUAUGUCAAAUAAAUCUAGAUAAAGUUGUCAGUGUGCGCCCUCCAUCGUCAUGUAUGCCUCACGGGUUAGUGUUUGAUGGUGCAUGCUAUUACAUGGAACAAAAAGAUAGUAGCACGUGGAAGGAUGCUCUCUUGAAAUGCCGAAAGUUUGGAAUGGAAUUGGUUAGUAUUCAUUCAGUAACUGAAUUGGAGGUUAUUCGGGAAUACAUAGUUAGGAGGGAAGAGGAGCAAGUGUGGAUUGGAAUGACAAACUCAAGAAAGGAGUCAGAUUUGUUUAAAAGUGUGUACUGGUAUUGGUCAAAUGGAAAAAUAGUAAACUUCACCAACUGGGCUAUCAAUGAGCCUAGUACAGGGAUUCUAGAAAACCAACUGGAAUGUGUAGAAAUGUAUCAUAAUGGAUUUUGGAAUGAUUGUUCCUGUACAUCAAAAAGAUCUUUCAUUUGUAAACACAAUGGAUCUACCGUUGAACCAAAGGGCGUUUCAACUCAUCCGACAAUAGAAAUUAAAACUAAAUCCGUACCUCAUCCUCACAAUAUUCUGAAGAAUGUUAGCGGAACAGCUGGGAAAAGGGAACCAUUGAAGAAAUCAGGAUCGUCGACGCAUGUGGGGUUAACAGUGGGUGUCACUGUGGGUGUGUUGGUGUUAAUCCUGAUCGUGUUAAUUAUUGGACUUCUCCUCUAUAGAAGACGACGUCAGCCUCUUUUUCGGCCAUCCCUUGGAUUUGCUAAUGCUAUGUUUCAAAAAGAAAAUGAAGAAUCGAAUGGAUAAUUUCAAACGUUUACAUUGAUGAACUAAGACAGUUUGAGACUCUGUUCAGAGUAAAAUUUUGCAUCUGUAUCUUUUUCUUUUGAAAUAUGAAAUGAACAGCAGCAAAAAGCAUAUAUAUGAAUAUGCAGUUCUUGUAUCUAUAUGCGUUUAUUUUGCAUUGUAAAUGUUUUCUGCACAAAUAUCCCGUGGGAAAUUAAAUAAUGCAUGGGAAUUUAAAUAGUGACUGUAGUCAACUAUAUCCAGACUGAGGCUGAUACUGAACAAAAGUUCUAAUUGUCGUCCAAUGUUUAGUUUUAGUCAUUGAGUUAAAAUAUUCAAAGAAUGCUACUGAUGGUUGUCUUUUCAUUCCGUGUUACUGAUGAAUAAUACAAUGGUUGCUACCCCACACUUAAAGUUACUCAGGUCGUGUAAACCAGACCACAUGCAACCAAUUAAUCUUAUUUAUCUCUGAUUUGAUAACCUGUGGGUUAUUUUAUUAAAUACACCUCAAUGUUUCGGUUUUUGUAACUAUUGAUUUCACAGAGUGUGAACCGAUUUUCCGGAUCACCACACUGUGGGUUUUGAUUCCGUAUCGUUAUCCACUGAAACUGAUGACGUCACAAAGCAUCAACGCAAUGUUUUCUGUGGAAAAAUUCGAACGAGUCACAAACAUAACUGCCUAUGUCACGGUAUGUCUGUGUUUUUGAUAAUUUGAAUUACAUUUAUUAUCUUAUAAAUGUGGAUUUAAGAAUACAAAAGGGGUAUAUAAUAAAUUUAUCAUUACUAAAGUAACUUUAUCCGAAGAGUUAGAUCAUGUGUCGUUGAAAGGUGUGGAUUAUCAGAUCAAACGAAACGCGAAGCGUCUCGUUCGAUCUCAUGAUGCGCGCCUGUUAACUCGAUGUGAUCCGAUUCUUUGGAUCAGGUUACUGUAGUAAUAAAAGAAAUAGAUGGUAUAUAUGGAAAAUAAUCCACAAUUGUCCUUCGAUAGAAAUACCUUGGCAUAAAAAUUGUUUUUAAUCAAUAUUUUCAUAGCAUAUUUACUUCUAUGGUGAUGUACAUGUGCAUAUAUUUUAUAUAGUAGUUCGUGAAAAUGUUUCUUAAAUAAAAUCAAAAUAUUGAUUUC